AUGUCAGUGGACAUUUUUCUGGAGGGGGCAGACGAAUUCAAACAUGACUCCGAGCGCCAACAACUGGGCAGCGCGCGAGUCAACCGAGACGCCCAGGGGUCCCCAGACACACCUGAAAUCCGGGCUCCUGAGAGACCGUCUCCGGGUCACGAACCCUACACAAAGGCCACCUUCGGCUUAACUGUACAACCCGAGAAACCUGUUUCAAGCAACGUGACACGAUACCGGCCACACAUCGGUGGGAGGGAAGUGGAGCACAGCGCAGGCAGCCUCCUGUUGGCGUCCCCACUUCGGCCCCAGGAGCUGGAAAUGACCGGGCCUUGUCAUUGCUCACAGUAUGAAAAAGCUUUCUCACCCAAGUAUCUGCAGAACUGGUCUCUCGCCAAGCCAACAAAAGAGAGGAUUUCUUCCCAUGAAGGCUACACUCAGAUUAUCGCCAAUGAUCGUGGCCAUCUGUUGCCUUCAGUGCCCCGUUCCAAGGCAAGUCCUUGGGGUUCCUUCAUGGGCACCUGGCAAAUGCCUCUGAAGAUACCCCCUGCUCGGGUGACCCUGACCUCCCGUACAGCUGCUGGUGCUGCCUCCCUUACCAAAUGGAUACAGAAAUAUCCUGAUUUACUCAAGGCCUCCAAUGGGCUACAUCCUGAAAUCUUAGGCAAGCCCCAUGAUCCAGACAGUCAGAAGAAACCUGGGGAGUCUAUCACAAAGACUGUACGGCAAGCAGCACCAAGUGCAACCAUAAUCCCAAGCUCCCCAGCAUCAAAUCUCAAUUCCCCAGAUCAGCUCCAAAGGUCACACCCCUCUGAAGGUCACACUCCAGGUCCCCAAAGCCCACCCAACUCUCCAAAGAGUCCACCUGGAAGCCCAUGUAUGCUAGAACACUGUGCAGGUCCUAAUUUAGCUGAGGUCCAGAAAUGCAAACCUGGAACUCCAUAA